AUGCACAACCACUCACUCUACAUCCUGCCUGGUAGAGCCCAGUGUGCCCAGACGAGAAGAUGGAGUCAGUUUAAAAACAAUUGUGGCCCAGGUGGGAAUUCAGCCCUGCCCACCCUGGUGGUCUCUCUCUUGUUCACCUGGUCUCAGUUCCUGCCUGCCUUUCCUGCCUGCCCGGAUGCACUCCGUUCUCACCUGGUUCCCGCUCUCCUGCCUGCCUGCCCACUCGGUGGCCUGCCUGCUUUGGCCUGCUUCUGCCUGUCUCAGCGUCUGGACCUGUUUGACCCAGAUCUCACUCACCUGACCACUCCCAUAUCUGAACGUCAAUUUGAUGCUGUUCAAGAUGCCAAGAAGCUGAACAAAGCCUUCAGGGGAAUUAGAGCCUCCGGGGUAGCUGUGAGCAGCCUGCUGGGGUUGAUGGGAGGGACCACCUGUUCACUAGUGAAAUCUGGGAGCUACAAACAUCCUGUUGCUUGGAAGCCUAGUCUUCCAGACAAGCCACUUCCUUCCUUGGGCUGUUGGCUGAGUGGGAGCUUUGGUCAAGCCCAGGAUGUGAAAUCCAGCUUCCAGCAGCUGCCGUGGCUCCUAGAAACAGAUGAAAUUGGCAUCGUUGAAGUCUUGUCAAGCAGAACAAUAGAUCAGAGACAGCAAAUAAAGCAGAAAUACAAGGAUAUAUUUGGCAAGGACCUGGAGAAAGUGAUGGAGAGUGAGCUCAGGGGGUAUUUUAGGAGAGUAUCCUUAGCUCUUCUGGAUCUCCCACAUGAACUCUGUGCCCGAGAGCUCCGGAGGGCCACAAAAGGCAUUGGGACCAAUGAAGCCGUGUUGGUUGAGAUUCUCUGCACAAGAAGCAAUAAGGAAAUUGAAGAAAUCAAAACUGUCUACCAAACUUUAUUUGGCAAUAGCCUUGAAUCUGAUGUCAUAGAUGACACAAGUGGAGACUUUAAAAAGAUUCUACUGUCCUUGCUACAGGCUUCCCGAGAUGAAGGGGACGAUGUUGAUAAAGAACUAUCCGAGAAGGAUGCAAAAGCUCUCUUUGAUGCAGGGGAAGGUCGUUGGGGCACAGAUGAAAUGAUUUUCACUGAGAUCCUGUCGAAAAGGAACUACGACCAAUUGAAGGCUACCUUCCGAGCCUAUGAAAAACUAGUGGGCAAGGAUAUCGAACAGACCAUCGAGACUGAAGUAUGUGGAGACUUCAAGUUGGCCUUACAAACUAUAGUGAAACGUACCCAAGACUGUGCAGGCUACUUUGCUGAAGUCCUACACAAAGCCAUAAAGGGACCUAUGGUUGAUGGAGAUGCUUUAAUCCGAGUCAUAUUAACCAGGGCUGAGGUUGAUCUCCCCAGAGUGCGAGAAAGGUUCCAGGAGAAGUACGGCAAGACUCUGGAGUACAAGAUCCGUUCAGAGACAUCUGGGGACUUCAAAGUCAUGCUCCUGGCUCUCCUCCCCUGAGGCGGGCCGGAAGCAGCAGAACACAGGAGAGCGCUGCCUUUAGUAGGGGCACUUUCGAAAUCCUGAUGAAAACUAUGAGACUGGCAAGAGGGGCCACCAGGCGCAUCAGCUUAUUUUCCGAGCUCCUUGGCUAGGGCUGGGCCAGCUGGCUUUGCGGCGGGUAUCUUUCUCACAUGCGUAUAUAAUUAAUCCACACCGAAAUGUUCCAGCAGAAAUGGGCUCUAUGCUUUCCCUUCUCUCUUUUUUCCCUCUUUAACAUGUCACAGAAUGUUUACAGAUUACAGCAGCAGAGUGCAAAACCAGAAGUUAAUG